CGGUUCUUGGUGUUGACGGGAGGAAGAAGAAGUGAGUCACACACAGCUCAACACAUCAACACAACCAUCUCUAUUUUUUUCAUUUUUAGUUUCUCCCCCCGCCAUUAUGAGCGAGUUUGUGUGGGGCCUCAAGAACGGUGAUCUAGACCAGGUGAUGGAGGCUGUAGAGAAGAAAGGAACAGAUGUGAACAUAGCAAUUGAAGGUCGACCACCGCUCUGCCUGGCCUCUGACUAUGGACAACUAGACAUCAUUAAGUACCUACUGCAGAAGGGAGCCAAUGUUGAAUCAACGGACAAGCACGGGAUCACUGCACUAUUAGCGGCCAUCUGGGAAGGACAUACACAAUGCGUCAAGGUGUUGCUGGAGGCUGGAGCCGACAAGAACGGCACAGCACCGGACGGCACGAGUUACCUGGACGCCGCAGAGAAGGACGAGAUUAAGGAACUACUGAGAUAAACCAGACUCGGUAGUAGACGGUAAAGGUGCGUGAGACGUCCUCUGCACGGUGAUGGUCAACUGCUGUACUGGAGAGGAGAGGUGUUGUGUGGUGUAGUGAGUCUUCUGUGUACGGUGGUGGUAGAGCAGUGUAUAGCGUACGGUACCAGCUGGGUUGUGUAUAACAGGUAUACUUUUUGCCGUGCACUCCUACAUUUCUUGGGCAUUGAUGGUGACUUUUGGAACCGGCAAGGGAUCAACGUCGACAUAAAUGAGCCGGCUCGAUCGAGGAAUGUUGAGGUUUAGGGUGUCGGAGCCUUCUGAUGUUUCUACAAAAUUGGCGGCAGAUUUAAUUGACUUAUCCUGACAAACUUAAAAAAUCAUUGUGACGGCAAAGUAUAUGUACGUAGUUUACCACGAACCUCAGAAAUAAUUUUAUUUGCUCAAAUUUUUAUGAUGUGAAGUAGGAUGAUGAUAAAUUUCAUAACGGUGGUGAAAUUUGGUUGAAACACUGAAGGAUUUAUAUGACUAUUGUAUCCUAUCAUGGUUCUAUGUUCUCUACUGGGUAAAAAAAAAUGUGCUCUACCGGGAUUAAUACAUUGCCGUCCAAAAGGAAGAAUUUGAGGCUAAGUUCACACCAAAACCAUUGUAUCAUUAACACCCUUUGUAUUAAGCCCAAUUAAAACUCAAUAAAUCUUUCAACAGUUUAAAAAAUUAUUAAUUUGUUUAGUGGAAUUAAUGAUUUGAUGAUUUGUGUGAAGCAAUGAGUUACAGUAGUGGCUAGUGAUAGGAGAGAGAGAGUUGUGCAGCUUAAUGGGUGUUUACUGUAUGCUACAAAUUAUUUAUUAACACGGCAAUCCACUGUACACCUGCUAUUGAGUCGUGACAGCUAUUGAGUCGUGAAAAAACUUUUAAUGUGCAGUAUUUAGUUAUCAAGUAAUUGGGUUAAAUAAUGUUUAAUAAGUUAUCAGGUAAUUGGGUUAAAUAAUUUUUCCAACAUCAGACUUGGUAAAUAUUUUUGUUGUUGAUACGGUACUGCACGAACCACCGACUGGCUUUGUGGCAGGUUCUUGUGUGAGGUUCUUAAGUAAAACCCCCAACGGUGCAGUGUACGGUACUUCUCGCCCACCGUAUAACAACCCAAGUCGGUGAAAAACAACGAAAAUUUCUAUUAAUUAUUCCCGAAUUCUUCACAACGUGGGUGUGACUCUUAACUCGGACGAUCUAUACGUUUACAUAAGUUUAUCCUCAGAAUCUAACCAGAGGCUGGGGAAUUAUUUUGUUGGGUGACCAGUGACCACUCCAUACAUCAACUCUUGAAUUGAUAAAGUGUUUAAGAUGAUUACAGUAUCUGGGAGUAAAGAAAGGUUAGUUAGUGAAAUGAUUAUAAAGUUACUGAAGGAGGGCACAAAGGCUCAAUGACAACAGUUUGAAAACAAGUUUCCCUGUGAUGUAGACUCAUGUGGAGAGAACUUCUUCCUCUUACAGGAACACACAGUAAGGGAUGACAGUGUACACUACACAAUAGAGAACAAAAACACAGUGUACUGUACACAAGAGGGAACAAGAACACAGUGUACAGUACAUAAGAGAGAACAAGAACACACAGUACAGUACAAGACACACAGUGUUUGGAUCACCACUAUGGUAAAAGACAAUAUACUGGAUACAGUAUCAGGGUAUCGGUCUCCUUAGCUUACUUACCUACAUGCUUCAGAUGGGUGGGUGGGACGGGAUAGUCAUAAGAACAUAACCAACUUGUGAUCGGCCCCUUGUACCGGAUCGGGAUUAAACUUUGUGAUGUAGUUUGUAGGGAUUUGUACAUAGGCUAACUAUUGUACUACGCUGCCAGUCACUCACAACAAAAAAAAUGGAAAAUACUUUCCUUUUAAUCUUCAUAAAAAAAUUAGCACAAGUAGACUACGCGUUGCUUAUGAUCACCUGCGUUUUGCUUUUGUACGUGAUGCAGUCGCCAGAUGUUGGACUUUGAAACACUGUAAAUUUACCCGAGUGACUGUAGGGAGGGUUGAGGAGACAUCACAACACUCCUAUUAUGUAUAACAUGACAUAGCAGUGUUUGUAACUCAGCAUUAAACAGCACAUAUUAUUAUUUUCAACUGUUUCACCUCUUGAAUUGUAAGGUUGGCAUUGUAACUCGGUUGGUGAUGUGAUACUGCAGUACCCGCAUCAGGCAGGUGAACUUAUACACAGUACUGUCUACGUGAGAGGUACUGUACUCGGGCCCAUUGGCAAGAAAGGGUAAAAGUCUGUGCAAGUAUCAAACAUAAUUCUUUAAGUGGUUAGUGUAGACUCGGCUACU